AUGACGAAGGUCUAUGGAACCGGAACGUACGACUUCAAGCGCCACAGAGUGGCUGAGUAUCCACUGGAGUUACCUAGCCAUCCCGCUGAGAGGCCACUAGAGUCAAAACCUGGAUCUAAUUUGCCGAGCUCCAUCACUUUAUCUGAGAUUCAGCAAGAUAGGUUGACGAAGAUUGCUGUGGAGAGCUGGAUUAAGACUGGCGGCAAGCUGCCUGAGAAACCGUUCGAUCCGGAGGUUGUGAAGGAGAUUUAUGUGACGGAGCUUAAGGUAAUUAGUGGUCGUAAACCUGUUCCACUUCAGCGAGUUAUGAUUCUGGAAGUGAGUCAGUACUUGGAGAACUAUCUUUGGCCUAAUUUUGAUCCUGAUACGGCUACGUUCGAGCAUGUUAUGUCGAUGAUUCUUAUGAUUAACGAGAAGUUCCGGGAGAAUGUAGCAGCUUGGAUUUGCUUUCAUGAUCGAGACGAUCUGUUCAAGAAGUUUCUUCAGAAGGUUCUUCGUCUUAAAGAGGGAAGAGAUUUGACUAUUGCUGAAAAGACAAAUUAUUUGGUCUUCAUGAUUAAUGCUUUCCAGAGUUUGGAAGACGCGGUGGUUAAUGAGAUUGUUCUAAGUGUAGCAGGAUUACAAUCUUGGCACACAAAGUCAAAGGGAGAGAAAUUUGAUCUAUCCUCAUCACCUGAAGCAAAUUUUGUUCGAGGCCUAAUAGAAGAAUUCGUUGAGGUGCUUGAUCACGGGGUUUUUGCGGAUGAAGUUGAUGAUACCGCUGGAUCUCAAUUGGCAGAUGAUUCUUCUGUCUUGUAUUGUGAGAGAUUCAUGGAAUUUCUCAUUGACAUGCUGAACCAACUACCAACAAGAAGAUACCUAAGACCUCUUGUGGCAGAUAUAGCUGUUGUUGCAAAAUGCCGACUGAGUGCACUAUACAAACAUGAGAAGGGGAAGCUUUUCGCCCAAUUAGUUGACUUGCUACAAUUCUAUGAAAAGUUUGAGAUAAAGGACCAUGAUGGGACACAAUUAACUGAUGAUGAAGCACUUCAAUUUCAUUACGAUCGUUUUAUGGCAUUUCAGCUACUUGCCUUCAAGAAAAUACCUAAGUUGCGGGAUCUGUCUUUGGCUAACAUUGGUUCUGUUCACAAGAGUUCUGAUCUUCGGAGGAGAUUGUCAGUGCUUUCUCUUGAAGAUUUAAGGGAUGUUGUCUGCUCAAAGCUCAAACUGGUUUCAGGACAUGAUCCUUGGGCGGAUAGUAAGGAUUUUUUGACUGAGGUCGUUGUCUCCUCUUUUGAGAAGCAACAGUCUCAGAAAGAAGCCAUAAACGCUCUGCCUUUGUACCCAAAUGAGCAAAUCAUGUGGGACGAAAGUGUUAUUCCAAGCAUUAACUAUUCUGGGGAAGGUUGCCUAGCUCUUCCAAAGCUUAAUCUUCAGUUUCUAACACUCCAUGAUUACCUCCUUAGAAACUUUAAUCUCUUCCGUCUGGAAUCCACCUAUGAGAUUCGUGAAGAUAUACAGGAAGCUGUGCCCCAUCUUCUAGCACACGUAAACAACGAGGGGGACACUGCAUUUCGUGGUUGGUCACGAAUGGCGGUUCCGAUUAAUGAUUUCAAAAUCGCUCUGGUGAAGCAGCCUAAUAUUGGAGAAGAGAAACCUUCAUCUGUGACUGCAGAAGUUACUUUCAGUAUUAAGAGUUACAGAUCACAGAUAAGAUCUGAAUGGAAUUCUCUUAAAGAGCAUGAUGUAUUGUUUUUGCUUUGUAUACGCCCUUCAUUUGAGCCAUUAGGUGCAGAGGAAGCUGAGAAAGCUACAGUUCCACAGAAAUUAGGGCUUCAGUAUGUUCGUGGUUGUGAAAUCAUCGAUAUCCGCGAUGAGGAGGGUAAUCUGAUGAAUGAUUUUACUGGAAGAGUUAAACGGGACGAAUGGAAGCCCCCUAAAGGUGAAAUGAGGACUGUGACUGUUGCUUUAGAUGCUGCACAGUAUCACAUAGAUGUUACAGACAUUGCUGAAAAAGGUGCUGAGGAUGUGUAUAGCACGUUUAAUGUGCUAAUGAGGAGAAAACCAAAGGAGAACAACUUCAAGGCUAUUCUGGAAUCUAUCAGAGAUCUCAUGAAUGAAUAUUGUAUUGUGCCGGAGUGGUUGCAUAAUGUUUUUCUUGGGUAUGGGAACCCUUCUGCUGCACAGUGGCCUAAUAUGCCAAACCUGUUGGAAACAGUCGACUUCAAAGAUACUUUCCUUGAUGCAAAUCAUCUCAGUGAAAGUUUUCCAGAUUAUGAGGUGUCUUUCACCAAUGCUGAUGGUGCUGAAUCUCUGGAUCCAAGGCCUCCGUUUCGAAUCACCCUUCCUAAGACACUAAAAGGGAAUUCUGCUCUUUCUGGAAAUAAGAUAUCUGAAGUCAAUCCAGCAGACAAUGUUAAUAUGGUGGAUGCUUCCCCAAAGGAGAAACUUAUUGUUGAGGCAUAUACCCCACCUGACCCAGGGCCUUAUCCUCAGGACCAGCCGAAGCAGAACUCAGUUAAAUUUACACCUACACAGGUUGGGGCAAUUAUCUCUGGUAUUCAGCCGGGGUUAACUAUGGUGGUCGGUCCACCGGGUACCGGAAAGACUGAUACAGCAGUGCAAAUCUUGAAUGUUCUUUAUCACAACUGUCCUUCUCAAAGGACCUUAAUAAUUACCCAUUCAAAUCAGGCUUUGAAUGAUCUUUUUGAGAAGAUAAUGGAGGUACCACUUUCAUCUUCUUUGCAUUUAGGCAAGAAGAUGGUCAUGCACGACUCAAGCGCUGUAUAUUGA